CGAUAGAAAGCAGUGAUACCCGUGAAGUGCUUUUCAUGAGUAACGUUAUAUGGUUCUGAACUAACAGCGACUGUGCCUGUCAAGGCGUUAACGAUGGCUGAGCUCGUUGGGUAGGGAAUGGAACCUAGCAUCGCUUCUCUGUGAAGGUGCCGAGAAAAGAGUGGCACGGUUAUACAGUUGUUGUUGACUGUUUUUAUUGCUGCUUCAAAGAUGGAAACGUGGCAUUUGGGAAACUAGCUUGGUCUGUAACGUGUCUCUAUCCAAAGGACUACCUGCUCCUGUGUAACUCACUAACGUCACGACUCCACUCACUGACUGGAGCGUGGCAAGCCAGUUGCUGAGAGAUACCAGUAGGUCUACGGGGAAACACGUGUGCGAUUCUCCAGCAGGCAUUCGGUAAUAUAACGAACCCAGCAGUCUAUCUUUUUAAGCAAACUGAGAUUAGUUGUUUUAUCCUUACGGAAGGUUUGCUCCUUUCUGGGCGCACGCCACAUCAGUUCACAUCUUGAAUAUAUCUUUACAUGAUGACCGAUAUUUCAGCUGCUAAUGGCAAGGCAUUGUAGACCUGUUGGUGGGAGUCGCAUCAGAUGGCUCAGGAUGCUGUGGAGGACUGUUCUGUGAUGGGCAAACAGUGGUUCUGCAGCCUGUGAGAUCUCUUAGCGCCACGUUGAAGCUAGGAGUCCAGCAUUAGGCACUGGACUGGUGGCCAUGACAGAUCCCAUCAUGGACUUCUUCGACGAUCCCAACCUUUUUGUGGGCGGCUUGGAGGUGCUAUCCGAUGACGGGUUCAAUGCUGGACCCUCUCUGGUGGAUGAGCUAAACCUUGUCCCUGACUUUGAGCCUCUACAGGUGGAUCCGAUGGGGACUGCGAAGCACAUAAACAUGAUGCAGACCCCCGCUCCCACCUCCUCCCAGCAAGGCCUGGCUUACGCAUCACAGAUGGGGCACUUUGACACCAUAAAGGCCCAGAGCAACAUGGGUCAGCCCUACUCCGGUGCUGAAGGCAACAGUGGCUUCAUGGCUCAGCAGCCUCAGUUUCAAGGGACACCCAUGGGCCAGGCACCUCAGGCCAACGGACUUUUCCCGAACAGCAGCCCCAUGUGGGGGAAUCACGACCAAAACAGAAACGCAUACCACCCACUGUCCCAGCAGCAGCAGCAGCAACAACAACAACAACAACAGCAUCAACAACAGCAUCAACGCCAGCAGCAGCAUCCGUGUCAACAAACGCAACAACAGCAACCCCAUGGACAUCAUCAGCUCCUGAACCAGCAUCAGCCUCCUCCUCCCCACCAGCAGGUGAACCCCCAGGCCAUGCACCAGCGUGGCAAGCCCUUCCAGGAGCACCACAACUUCGCUUCCUACUACCAGGGCAACAUGGCACAGAACCAGCAGCAGCAGCAGAGCCACCACGGCUCCCUGAACACGGGGGGCAGCCCCUUCCACUGCGGGGUGGUCCCCAAUGCCUCGCCCCAGUCCAAGCCGUACAGGGACCCCUCCAACCCCAUAUCGUCUGCCCCGCAGCAGCAGCAGGGCGGAUACCCAGUUCCUCAGCAGGUGCAGUCCUACCCUGGUCUGGGGACUGAGGAGGCCAACAUGGCCUACUCCAUGCAGUCGUCCCCCAUGCCUCACGCCCUGUCCUCCUGUUCGGUCAGCACGUCUGCAGCAGCAGGCUACCCUCCCUCUCAGUACUCUUUCCCUCGACAGCCGGUUGGGAUGGGCGUGAGCCAGCCUCUGUCUUCGGGAGUGGUGUCCAUGACAACGACCUCCUCGGCCCGCGGAGCGUCUGCGCAUCCUGUGCCUGACCUCUCGAGCAGCAGCUGUCCGUUCUCAUCAGCACCCGGAUUGAGUCAGCCACAACCACACCCGCAGCAGCAGCAGCAACAACAACAACAACAACAUCAUCACCAACAACAACAACAACAGCAACAACAACAACAGAGGCUUAAGGUUGCAGCCAACCAGUCAGGGGAGCAGUGUCCCUUCCGCUCCAUGCAGCGGUCCAAGCCUGCAUACAGCACAUCUGACAUGUACCCUGAAACUGCCACCUCCUUCUCUGCCACUGCUGAGAGCCAUUUCCCCCCUCAGCAGCAGAGGAGCUGCCAGGUGAGCAUGCCUCUGCCCCCUGCCAACACCACCAGCACCAGCAGCACUAACGGGGGAUACCAGGCCAUGGAGAAACACCUGCUGCACGAGACUCAGGGUGGCGGCUUUGAGGGGCUGGAGGCCCCUGAUCUCCUGGACGAGGACUUCCUGCCCCAGCUGGAGGCUGCCCUGAGCCAGCACGAGGGCUCCAACUGCUCCUGGACUAAUGGGAGCCAGGGAGAGGGAGACAAGGAGGACCAGGAGGACCAGGAAGAGGAAGCACUCUCCAUUCACUAUGAGAUUCAGCCUCCCAAGAACACUAAUGGUUCCAGCAGUCAGGUACGGGUCCUCAGCCCACAGAUGAAGAGCGGCUCGUCUUCCUCAUCCUCGUCUUCGUCUUCGUACUCCUCGGCCUCCGAGCGGCGGGCCCAGAAGCGGCAACAGCAGCUGCAGCUGCAGCAACAGCAACAGCAACAGCAGGCCCAGGCACAGGCCCAGGCACAGGCCCAGGCUCAGCAGGCGAUGGACUCGGACGACAAGCAGGAGAAGGCCAACCGGAUCAUCUCUGAGGCCAUCGCCAAGGCGCGCGAGCGCGGCGAGAAGAACAUCCCGCGCGUCAUGAGCCCCGACAGCUUCCCCGGCUCGUCCGAGCACCGGGCCCACCGCAGCUCCUCGACCAAGGCCCGGUCAAAGCAGAAGGCCUCCAAAAAGGCCCGCAUCGUCUCGUCCGGGAAGCCCAACAAGCAGAAGGCCAAAAUCGGGAAGAUCGUCAUCAAGUUCGGCAAGAAGAAGAAGCGAAAGCCGGAGUCCUCGGAAGAGCUAUCCGACGAUGAGCCUCCCCCGCCACGUCGCUCCAAGGAGGAUGACUCGAAGCGGAGGUCUAACCGGCAGGUAAAGAGGAAGAAGUAUGCAGAAGAUGGCGAAACACGCGUGUCGGAUGAGGAAACGAAGGUCGUAGUCAAAGCCAAGAAGGCCAACACUGGAGCACGCAAAGACCCUGCUGUGCAACUGUUUGUGAUGGAGAACCCAAGUGAAGAAGAAGGUGCCGUUGUCGACAAAAUCAUGAACUCACGCAUUGCCAAGAAAGAGGUCUCUCCCGGUGUGCUGGUUGAAGUGGAGGAGUUCUUUGUAAAGUACAAAAACUACUCUUAUCUCCAUUGUGAGUGGGCCACGGAGCAGCAUCUGGAGAAGGAUAAGAGGAUCCAGCAGAAAAUCAAGCGCUUCAAAAUAAAGCAGGCGCAGCGAGCACACUUCUUCGCAGACAUGGAGGAGGACCCCUUCAACCCGGACUACACGGAGGCAGACCGGGUGCUUGAGGUGUCCUAUUGUGAGGACAAGGACACUGGAGAGCCGGUGGUGUACUACCUGGUGAAGUGGUGCUCCCUGGCGUAUGAGGACAGCACGUGGGAGCUGAAGGAAGAUGUGGACCCGACUAAGAUAGAGGAGUUUAAGCAGCUGCAGGCAGCCAAGCCAGACUCACGCAGGAUGGAUCGGCCCCCGGCCAGCCUGUGGAAGAAGCGCGAGCACUCAAGGGAGUACUGCAACAGCAACAUCCUCAGGGACUACCAGCUGGAGGGGGUCAACUGGCUGCUCUUCAACUGGUACAACAGGCGGAACUGCAUCCUGGCGGAUGAAAUGGGCCUGGGCAAAACCAUCCAAUCCAUCACAUUCCUGGAGGAGAUCCAGCGCACGGGCAUCCGUAGGCCCUUCCUCAUCAUAGCGCCGCUCUCCACCAUCGCCAACUGGGAGCGCGAGUUCCGUACGUGGACCCACAUCAACGUCAUCGUCUACCACGGCAGCAUGGUCAGCCGUCAGAUGCUGCAGCAGUACGAGAUGUACUUCAGGGACGCCCAGGGCCGGCCAAUCAGAGGGGCGUACAAGUUCGAUGCGUUAAUCACCACCUUUGAGAUGAUCCUGAGUGGCUGCCCGGAGCUCAACGCCAUCGAGUGGCGCUGCGUCAUCAUCGACGAAGCCCACCGCCUCAAGAACAAGAACUGCAAGCUACUCGAGGGCUUCAAGCUCAUGAAUCUGGAACACAAGGUCCUCCUGACGGGCACCCCACUGCAGAACACUGUGGAGGAGCUCUUCAGCCUGCUGCACUUCCUCGAGCCCCAGCGCUUCCCCUCUGAAAGCACCUUCAUGUCGGAGUUUGGGGACCUCAAGACCGAGGAGCAGGUCCAGAAGCUGCAGGCUAUCCUCAAGCCCAUGAUGCUCAGGAGACUGAAGGAGGAUGUGGAGAAGAAGCUGGCUCCCAAAGAGGAGACCAUCAUCGAGGUGGAGCUGACCAACAUCCAGAAAAAGUACUACCGCGCCAUCCUGGAAAAGAACUUCUCCUUCCUGGCCAAGGGCGCUGGCCAAGCCAACCUUCCCAACCUGGUCAACACAAUGAUGGAGUUGAGGAAGUGCUGCAACCACCCCUACCUCAUUAAAGGGGCCGAAGAGAAGAUCCUGGAAGACUUCCGCGAGGUCUACAACCCCGUCGCCAUGGACUUCCACCUGCAGGCAAUGGUCCAGUCUGCGGGUAAACUGGUUCUCAUUGACAAGCUGCUGCCCAAGAUGAAGGCCGGUGGUCACAAGGUCCUCAUCUUCUCCCAGAUGGUGCGCUGCCUGGACAUCCUGGAGGACUACCUCAUCCAGAGAAGAUACCUCUACGAGCGAAUAGACGGGCGAGUGCGCGGGAACCUGCGGCAGGCGGCCAUCGACCGCUUCAGCAAGCCGGACUCGGACCGCUUUGUGUUCCUGCUGUGCACGCGGGCCGGAGGACUGGGCAUCAACCUGACCGCCGCCGACACCUGCAUCAUCUUCGACUCGGACUGGAACCCACAGAACGACCUGCAGGCCCAGGCUCGCUGCCAUAGGAUUGGUCAGAACAAGGCGGUGAAGGUGUACCGGCUGAUCACGCGCAACUCGUACGAGAGGGAGAUGUUCGACCGGGCCAGUCUCAAGCUGGGCCUGGACAAAGCCGUGCUGCAAAGCAUGAGUGGACGGGACAACAGCCUGGGCGGCGGGGGGCAGGUCCAGCAGCAGCUCUCCAAGAAAGAGAUCGAGGACCUGCUGCGCCGUGGGGCCUACGGGGCCAUCAUGGACGACGAGGACGAGGGAGCCAAGUUCUGCGAGGAGGACAUCGACCAGAUCCUCCAGCGCAGAACUAAGACCAUCACCAUCGAGUCCGAGGGACGAGGGUCCACCUUUGCCAAGGCCAGUUUCGUAGCAUCAGGGAACCGCACGGACAUCUCUCUGGACGACCCCAACUUCUGGGACAAGUGGGCCAAGAAGGCAGAGAUCGACAUGGAAACAGUCAAUGGCAGAAACAGCCUGGUGAUCGACACGCCUCGCGUGAGGAAGCAGACGCGGCCCUUCAGCUCCACUAAGGACGAGCUGGCGGAGCUGUCGGAGGGCGAGAGCGACAGCGAGGACAAGCCCAAGCUGCGCCGGCCCCACGACCGCCUCAACAGCUACGGCCGCACCGAGUGCUUCCGCGUGGAGAAGAACCUGCUGGUGUACGGGUGGGGGCGUUGGAAGGACAUCCUGCUGCAUGGGCGCUUCAAGCGACCGCUGAGCGAGCGCGACGUGGAAAUGAUCUGCCGUGCCCUGCUCGCCUACUGCCUGGUGCAUUACCGUGGUGACGACAAGAUCAAGAGCUUCAUGUGGGACCUGAUUGCCCCCACUGAGGACGGCCAGACCAAAGAGCUCAAGAACCACCUAGGCCUCUCCACGCCAGUGCCUCGGGGCAGGAAGGGGAAAAAGAUGAAGAUCCAGUCGACAGGCUUCGACAUCCAGAAGGCCGAGUGGAUCCGCAAGCACAACCCCGAGCACAUGCUGCAGGAUGAAGGCUACAAGAAGCACCUCAAGCACCAUUGCAACAAGGUGCUGCUGCGAGUCAGAAUGCUCUACUACCUGAAACAGGAGGUGAUCGGCUCAGAGACGCAGAAAGUGCUGGACGGCGUGGACGCCAGUGAAAUCCUGAUCCGGGUGCCCGAUCCGGAUAAUGCUGAGCUCCCAACUCUCUGGUGGGACCAAGAUGCCGACAAGUGUCUGCUGCUAGGAGUCUUCAAGCACGGUUAUGAGAAGUACAACACUGUCCGCGCAGACCCGAGACUCUGCUACCUAGACCGGGUGGGCCGGCCAGACGAGAAGGCCAUCGCCGCCGAGCAGAGAGGCAACGACUUCAUGGACGGGGAUGUGGAUGACCCCGAGUAUAAGCCUGCCCCGGCCUUGAUGAAGGACGAUAUGGAGGACGAUGCCUCCUCGCCCGGAGACCUGGUCAUCACAGACACAGGAGGAGAAGGCAGCUCGGCCCCAGAGGGCGGGAGCACCGGGGCGUACUGGCCGUCGUCCUCCGCCCUGACGGCCCGGCUGCGUCGUCUCAUCACCGCCUCGCAGCGCUUCACCAAGAGCCGCCAGAUCCUGCACAUCCACCAGACCCAGACCGUGAUGCCCACGCCACUGUGCCCGCUGCCCGCCACCCUCAACGACACCCUCAACCCCAAGAUGGCAGCCAAGAUCGAGAGGCAACAGAGGUGGACCCGGCGAGAAGAGGCCGACUUCUACCGCGUGGUGUCCACUUUCGGCGUGGUGUUCGACCCGGACCUGGGCCGCUUCGACUGGACCAAGUUCCGGGCCAUGGCGCGCCUGCACAAGAAGACAGACGAGAGUCUGCAGAAGUACCUGUGCUCCUUCACUGCCAUGUGUCGCAGAGUGUGCCGGCUACCGGCCAAAGAAGCGGACGCGGUGGACCCCUCUCUGUCGAUCCAGCCCAUCACGGAGGAGCGCGCCUCCCGCACCCUGUACCGCGUGGAGCUGCUGCGUCAGGUGCGCGAGCAGGUGCUGCGUCACCCGCAGCUGUACGAGCGCCUGGUGCUGUGCCAGCAGGGCCCGGACCUGCCCGUGUGGUGGGAGCCCGGCAUGCACGACCGCGACCUGCUGCUGGGCGCCGCCAAGCACGGCGUCAGCCGCACCGACUACCACAUCCUGCGCGACCCCGAGCUGGCCUUCAUGGCCGCCCAGCGCAACUACAGCCAGAACAAGGGCAUGCCGCCACAGCAGAGCCAGACGGUGGCCCACACGCACGCCCUCGCCCAGGCUCAGGCCCAGGCCCAGGCCCAGGCGCACUCGCGCACCCCGCUGCUGCCCCCCGCACACUUCCAAGCAGCAGCCUCCGCCUCUGCCACCACCUCCACACCGUCACCCCUGCCUGCCUCGAGAUCCGAAGAGGGCGCGCCGUCUGUGAAGGAGGAGCCUGAUGUGGGUUCCGAGGGGGGCGGAGAGGAUCCCCAGUCGGCGGCGGCACCGGCUGAGAUGUGGGGCACUCCUUCCCUCACAGGACCCCCCACGCCCGGUAUGGGGCAGGAGGAGGCAGAUGUGAAGCCCGACGUGGGGAAAGGUGGGGAGAGUGAGCGGCGCAUGGUGGCGGCCCGCACCAAGCCACUGACGCCCAACCCAACCAACCCGACCAACCCGCCCAACCCGGCCAGCCGGAAGCCGAAGAAGGCCAAAAAGAGCCGGGCUGAGGGCAAGGAGCCGGGCACCCGGCGUGCAUCCGGCUCCGAGUCAGACUCAGACGGCUCGUCCUCCAGCUCUUCGUCGAGGUCGUCCUCCUCUUCCUCCUCCUCAUCCUCCACCUCGCGCUCAGGCUCUAGCUCAUCCUCCUCCUCGUCCUCUUGCUCCUCAGGAUCAUCCUCCUCAUCUUCCUCAUCCUCGUCUUCGUCAGAGGACAGUGGCAGUGAGGCAGAGGAUGGACAAAAGAACGCGUCAGUGGUGCCCAGUGUGAAGGGCUUUGACGAGGACAGCGUGGCGUCGCACAGCACCACUCAGGACGAGACGCAGGAGAACAGCGUAGCGGAGAACGGCCUCGCGCACCCCCCGCACCCCUUCCAGGGAGGGUACAUGCUCGCCGCCUCCUACUGGCCAAAGGACCGCGUGAUGAUCAACCGCUUGGACAGCAUCUGCCAGGCCGUGCUGAAGGGGAAGUGGCCCGGCACGCGGCGCGCCUACGAGCCCGGCUCCACCGUGGCCUCCUUCUACACCACCAAGCUGCUGGACAACCACCAGGUGUCGGCGGGCAGCCAGGCGGCCAGCAGCCUCCCCGCUGAAGACCCUGCGGCCUCCCCGCAAGGGUCAAAGGUGACCAAGCAUGUUGCAGACAAGGAGUUCUCAGUCAAAAUCAAUAACGAGGGCAGUCUGAAGCUGACCUUCCAGAAGGCUGGUCUGCCCCUCAAGAGGCCCCUGGAGGGAGAGGAGGGGCCCCUGGCCCAGCAGCAGUACCUGGCCCGGCUCCAGGAGCUCCAGAGUGCCUCCGACACCAGCCUCAGAGACUUCACCAAACCCCCCAGCGCCACCUACCCACAAGGCCUGGCAGGUCAGUUGAGGCUGAACGGCGUGCUGGACGGUCAGCCGGUGGUGAAGCGAAGGCGGGGGAGGAGGAAGAACGUGGAGGGCAUGGACUUGCUCUUCCUGAACAGGAGCCGGGCACCGGUGCCGCCUGAGCAGCGGGUCCCUCCAGGCUGGGUUGGCGCUGCCCAGGCUAGUUUGCCCCCGCCGGCCCCUGGGCAGCAGGGCUUUAGUCCCCAAGCUCAGGGGGCCCCCGACACCGAAAGCCGGGUCUCCGUCAUCAACCUGAAGGACGGGACCCGGCUGGCCGGAGACGACGCGCCCAAGAGGAAAGACCUGGACCAGUGGCUCAAAGAGCACCCAGGCUUCGUGGCAGACGUUGGAGCCUUCAUCCCUGGGGUGAAUAAGAUGCAGUUCCAGGACGGCAGGCCCAAGCAGAAGAGGCAUCGCUGCCGGAACCCCAACAAGAUCGACGUCAACAGCCUGACGGGCGAGGAGAGAGUGCAGAUCAUCAACCGGAGAAAUGCACGCAAGAUUGGUGGUGCCUUUGCCCCUCCCCUGAAGGACCUGUGCCGGUUCCUGCAGGAGAACCCGGAGUACGGGGUUCCACCGGAGUGGGCUGAUGUGGUCAAACAGUCGGGUUACCUGCCUGCAAGUAUGUUUGACCGGAUCCUGACUGGUCCCAUCGUCCCGGAGGAGGUGAGCCGACGCGGCCGGCGGCCCAAAAACGCCAUGGCCAAGGCCGCCUCAGCGGGGGCCAACGCCGGAGUGUCCGCCGCUGCCCUGGGCCUCAACCCUUUGCUGGCCAACGGGCUGCUGACGGGCCUGGACCUGCCCAGCUUGCAGCUCCUGCAGCAGAACCUCCAGCAAAACCUGCAGAGCCUCCAGUCCCUGCAGCUCACCGCGGGCCUCAUGGGCCUGCCUGCUGCCGACGCCACCAACCUGGCUGCCAUGUUUCCCAUGAUGCUCUCCGGCAUGGCGGGGCUGCCCAACCUGCUGGGGAUGAGCGGCCUGCUGGGCAAGGCGCAGGACGGAGCGGGGACGGCGGCAGCGGCAGCGGCAGCCAUGGCAAUGGCAACAGAAGACAUCCCACGGAAGGGCAGCAGUAAGAACUCAGCGGCCGACCCAGCUUCCUCUUCCCAGGCCCCGCCCUCCGACACCAAAGCUGAAAGGACAGAGGCUGCCGUCUCGGAGAGCCCCGCCCCUCCAAGCGUGGCCUCCACCUCCUCCACCACCUCCGCCCCCUCCACCUGCACCUCCAGCUCCAGCCCACUAAGUGCUUCUGCUGCCAGCGCGGCCUCCGGCCACCCGCUCGCCCUUAACCCGCUCCUGCUCUCCAGUAUGCUCUACCCAGGGAUGCUCCUCACUCCAGGCCUUAACCUCCCCUCUGUGGCUCCCCAGACCCAGAGCACAGCAAACACUGAUCCCAUCACCACCACGGCCUCCUCCGCCCCUGCCCCUGCUCCUACGCCCAUGCCCACCGCACAGCCCACGCCGCCUCCCGCAACCCGGUUGGAAUACGGGGCCGAGGAGGAGGAGGAGCAGGACGAGGAGGAGGAGGAGGAGGAGGAGGAGCCUGCAGAGCAGAAGGAGAACAGUGGUCCAGAGGGCUCGGGGAAGGCGGAGUCCUCUUCCUCCGAGUCGGAAAGCUCCUCCUCAUCAUCUGACGAUUCUGACUCGAGCGAUGAGGACUGAGCCUUUAUAAAUAUAUAUACAUACACAUAUAUAUUUAUAUAUCCUUUAGAAAUGUAUACAUAUAUACACAUAUAUAUGAUUUACCCUGCACUUACAUUGUGAUUUUUUUUUUCCUUUUGUAAAUAUUAAAUCGAGAGAAAAAGUGUUGUGUAAUAAAGACAGAAAGCCUUAGAGAACCAAGAUUCAUGAAACUGAAAUGAAAUUUCAGUGUUUGUUUAGGUACAAUCUUGUUUUGAAAAGACAUUUUGCAUGUCGAACUUUAGUAGAUUUAUGGACUUUGUGAACUUGUAUUACACGAUGAUGUACAAUUGCAACAAGUAAGAAAAAAAAAAUCAAAAGGCAUUAUUGUUAUAAUUAUGUUGGGAUUUAAUUUUAUUAAAAAAAAAGAGGAAAUACAUUAUUGCUCCCGCUGAGCUGUACUAUUAAUAUAUUUUGAGUGUGUGGGGAAGGGUGGACUUGAUGAACUAUUUUUUGGUUUAAUUUGUAAAUACUUUUACAAGAUCCUUGCCACUUCUACUUCACAGAAACAUACUUUGGAAAAGUCAGCAAUAACUCGGGCAGCUAAUGAAUGUCACUGAAGCUGUAGACUCCUCACCUCUCUCAGCCUGUUCCUCCUCUCACCCACCACAUCUCUCCUCCUGAGGCGGAGUCCCAGUCUCUCUCUCUCUCUCAUCAUCUCUCUCUCUUUCUUUUCAUCUAUCACUUCCUAUCAGACACUCACUGUCUCUCCCCCUCACGCUCUUCUUUCUUGUCCUGUCUAAAAAAAAAAAAAGGAAACAGCUUCUUCUCUUUGCAUCGACUAAAUUAUCAAGUAGCCUUGGGAGCCGGCCUUGCUCUACACAUUCAUCACACAGUUCCUUACACUCUUCUACACUCACUCGCAUAUUUCCAUAUACAUAGACAUAUUCUUGAUCCAGUUAAAAGGCAUUGUGUUUCUCUUCCCACACCUCCUAUCAGGUCUUUUAAACUGCAGGCCCAUUUAGUUGCACAACUCCUCACUGUUUCUGGCCCUUUGUGGAAGAGCUGGGUGAAUGGCUUGUGGUACCGGGGGGGGGUGUACCAGGGGUGCCAAUGGGCAGAGAAUGGGCACUGAGGGAAGUUUUUCUCAGACUGUGGGGCGCUCAGCCACGUUCUUCAUCCCCUUUAGCUCUUACCCGUCUCGCUGCACGUGGUCUGCUUGUCUAGUUUUGCACGUGUGUGUGUGUGUAUUGUCAGUGGCUGGACGAAUACUCGCACGUGUGCUGUCACUUAACGAAGCGGCCUAGAGAGCUUCCGCCCUGUCCUGCCUGACACGCUUGUCGUGAGUACACGGUGUCUCUCUGUCCACUGUUUUGCCAUGGCAGGAGAGCAUCAUAUCUCAAGGGAUUAGCCGUGUAGCGCUUCUUCAGUGCUCACAUCUAGAAAAACAGAACCAGUGUUAGGGGUUGAGGAAGCUCCUGGCUCCCCUCAGUUAGGUAUAUCUGAGCAGGAGUAGCAGUGAGCAGAAGAAGGUAUUUGACCUUGGAACAAUACAUGAGCAGUUUUAACCUGAUGGCCUUACAGGUUGCCAUUGCAGUAUGCAGUAUGCAGUAUGCAGUAUGCAGUAUGCACUCUCCCCUCAGUUUAGAAGCAUUACUUCGAUGUUCUACUAGUACAGGGAGGGUGUUGUGGUUAACAUCAACAUGAUCUGCCUUUUGUAAGCUUGCUGCUAACUUUAACGUGGAUAUCCACCAAUCCUUAAAAGGUCGAAGCCUUUGUUUAAUAUCACACCCUACAGCUUUCAGUAUUGACUUAGAUUCAAGCCACUUCCUGUCAGCUUAAAGUCGGUUGAGACGCUGCCACUUGUGUGCGAGGAACAGCUUAAAAAUGGUCGUGUUGCGUUUUUUUCAACCAGACUUCCGUUUGGUUCCAACUUGAGUUGAACUUGGAAACUAAGUGUUUGAUGAUGGGCUGGGAGAUAGACACUGAUAUUGGCACGUCUUCAUCUUCUGAUUCUGAUUCUGAUUCCCCCGGGUCCCACCACGUAAAGUCCUCACCACCCAUCCACUUCUGAGCCCCACAGCAGAUGGAUAUAGAAGUGCCCUUAUGCCAUACCUCUGAGUCAAAGGGGAGCUCACAUCAUUACUGAAUACUGAGAAAAAAAAAGAAAGAAAGAAAAGGGGGGGAUGCUAUUCUUUCUCUUUUCUGGCCUCCUUUUGUAUUGUCAUCUGUCACUUAACCUUUUGUUGGGACAAACACACUGGAAUUGCUCCUCAGCCUCAGAUGUGUGGAGUAUAAAUAUCACUGUUCAGAAACCGCACACACCUUGUUGAGCUUUGGACUGUUAGGCGCACGGUGAGAAAUGGUACAGCAGUCGGUGAGAGUUCGGCCAAUUUCCCCAGAUGGUGGCGCUACAAAAAAGUUCUCCAAACUGUUCGGCUUCGGUUAUUUGCCGAUGCUGUCCCCCACUGCCCCCUGCUGGCUCAUCAUAAACAAGUCUUUCAAAAAAAAGUCUUCAGAACAUUGACAGAAGUCGACCACUAAAGAACCACAGUAUCAAUGACUGAUGGCAUUGGGGCACCAGACUUGCCACGGUUGUGUACUGACGCAAAAGAGAAGUCCAGCCCCCGCCCCACCCCCCCGUGCAUAGAGAGCUACAGGAUUGGCUCCGCUUCUUCCACUAAACAGACCUCCCAAACGCACAGGCUUUUGCAUUCGGGAAUCUAAGAAGCAGCCACCAUGUCUGAUUCGUUUGUUUGUUUGUUUGGUUGGGUUGGUUGGUUUGCCAUUUAUAGCUAGUGCCCAGUCAUUGUUGUUUCCUCCUCUACACGCGCUACCUUGAAAUUGACUUGGUUUAUUUUGUUCUGUCAGGUUUUCACUCUGAGCCCCAUGUUGGGAACCCAGUGAGUGGUCGGAUCACUGAGAACAGACUGCUCAUCACAGUACACAAUGGACAAAGUGAUGAGUGCAACUGAAAGUUGAAAAGAAACUUAAAUGUUUUUUUUUUGUAUUAUUAUUAUUAUUUUAUUAAUAUGAUAUUUCAGGUAGUAUGUAAUGUUAAUGUCUCUCAAUGACUCACACAUUGCAAGUGCUGAACUGAUGAGAUGCAGACGUGAUUCUGCAAUCAUGACAGGGAACUGACGACCAACAUGCAAACAUAAUAAGAGAAACUACACUACUUAAUGAAAUUGAAUUCACUUUUCAUUUAUACCGAGUAGACAGCGAUAUGACAGAAAUAGCCUAUUGCCUUUUUUAUUUUUAUUUUAUGUUUUUGCUUUAUGCUCACAGAUAUCCUUUAAAGUUUUUCAAGACUUCUUUUACCUGUUUAUGUUCUUGGACAGUUGCAAUAUUUGCAAAUUGUGGUCUGUGUAGUCAAAUAAUGCUUUAUGUAGUGGAAGAAAAACGUCUUAAGAAGUCAUUUGUAAUUUAUUGAAUUACUUUCUAUGAAGUUCUAUAGAGGAAAUUGAGGUUUAAUUAUUUUUAUUAAACAUACUCUGACUAUC